CUCACUAUAAAUUCAGCGAACGACUUACUCGGUAUAAAAAGAAGUAUCAAUCUUCAAACAGCAUCAGUUCGUGUGUGUCACGCUUAAUAUGAAGCUACUGCUUUUGCUAUCGUUGAUUAUUCUGGCUUGGGGAGACAGAGCUCUCGUCGCCGAAAAAACGGCCGAGAACAAUGACAUAUCCUUACAAGCAAGCACGGUUCUUCAAGCUCAGCCGAGCAUCCAGGAAAUCUUAGAGGGAAAGAAACUAGGAAAGAGAAGCUUGCUUCCCCUGGAUUAUGUAGGCACUUACGCUCCCGUGUUGCCGUGGUAUCGAUUAGGCGGAUUGAGUAGUUACAAAUUGCGCGGUUGGUAUCCGGGCUGGUCGUUGCACGGUGGUUGGCAAAGUGGUUGGUACAAAGGAUGGUAAAUUUCACAAAGAAAUAAAUAUGCACUAUAUCAUCAGAAAUUUAUACGCAUC